UGAGUGGAAAAUUAUAACUAACAGUUAUAUAAUAAUUACUUGGUGUUUGCUGAGAACAUAUCAAAUAUGUUGCGUCAAUUAUUGUUUAUUGUUGAGUUUAUUUCUUUACUACAAAUCAGGAUGUAUAAUAAUGUGGCAUUUCUUCCGAAAGUGCAUCUAGAAAGUGGAUCUAGUGAAUUGUAAAAGUAAUUAUGACGCCUAAUGUGCCACAUAAAUACACGUAUUUUAUAUUUCAAUCGUAUGAAUCAACUAUAUACACACACGUAGAUACGUAUAACAGCUCGACAGAAUAUACUCGUCAUGCAAUAACCUUCCUGGCAAAAACUUGUCGAUCAUCAACCAUCAAAUAGUUUAUCAGUCUAUAUUACGCAUUAAAAUAAAUUAACAAUAAAGACAAGAAUAAAUAUACAAGAUAAGUAUAUAUGGUGUCCCAUUUUCAAUAGUCAAAUAUCUCGAAAUAAUAACAUUUCAAAAAAAAUGUAUUUUAAACACAAGUUGUAGAGAAGUACAUAUCCCAGCAAACACCGAUAUAUAAUUGUUACAUUGCUAUAAUAAAACGGAAUAUAACAGCCCAUACAGCACGUCUAAAUAUAAGUUACAUUAUAGAAACGUAACAUAGUUUCAGUUUCAAUUGACAUGUAUUAGAUACGUAUUUGAACGAAAUGAUGAAAGCAAAUUUAGUUUCAAUUUGCUUUCACGGAAUGAUGAAUUAUAAGCUUCGUAUAAAACGUAUCUGACAUGUAUCCAAAAGGUAACAAAUUAUGUCGUUUGUUAUAUAUUAAAAUGAUAUCAGUUUGGUAUCGGUUGUGCAUUUGACACAAAUUAGAUCUUCAUUUCACAUGAAAAUAUACGCCACAUUGGGUCACAAAUUCGCGGGAAAUCAGAGCAUAUUGCAAGAGUUAGAUGCAAAAUAUAGUGACGGUGGGUGAAUUUCUUGUAAGUUUGUGACUAUUUGAAUUUUCAUCGAUAGUUAUAAUUAUAGUGUGUAUUGCGAGCUCUGCGAUAGUAGUGGAAUACUCCGAAUUUCGGAGCGGAUAUUAUUACCAGCAGCUACAUAACUUGCGUCAGUAUAGCUGAUUCAUUUUCUUAUUUAAUUCUAAGGUAAAACUUUUUUACAUGUCUGAUAACAAAAGAAAAUAUUCGUCGUACUCAAAACGUCAUCGUAGAUAUUUAGUUGCUACUGAAACACAGAAUGAUUUGGACAGAUUCCGAUAUGUAGAUGAUAAUGAUGAUAAUGAUAUUCAAUUUUGUGAGGAUCUUGAAGGAGUUACGGCUAUUCAUCAUUCUUCUACCGAUAACUUGCACGCUGCUAGCUCAUCAUCUUCUCAAUCCAAUAGUGAUAAUCCUCCAUCUAAAUCUGAUCUGGCAAAUAAUGAAUCUGAUUAUAAUGUGAACUCUGAUAGCGAUACCGAAAAUUGUAGUUCAGAUGAUGACCCAUUAUCUGAUGACAAAGGUUAUGGAUGUGACUGGUUCGAUGAAGACAACAUCAAUGCUGCAGGUAACAGAUAUGAAUGUCACGACUCAUGAUAAGUAAGGAUGGGAUACAGAGUUCUGAAUUUAUGUCAGAUUUAAAGUGGUGGGCAAUAAAAUACAGAAUUUGUUUGAAUGCAAUUAGUGACCUCUUACAAAUUUUAAAAAAACAUAUUCCAAUAUUAUCAUUUUUGCCUAAAGAUGCCAGAACUUUUUUAAGAACACCGCGUGAAAAUAAUAUAAUUAAUUUAGCAGGCGGAUUAUAUUGGCAUUGUGGUUUACGUAAUUUUAUUGAAAAAUUAAUAAUUGACUAUGAUAAAUUAGCACUCCCAUCAAAUAUUGAUUUAAUUUUAAACAUAGACGGUUUACCUUUAGCUAAGUCCUCUAAAGUUUCGUUUUGGCCUAUUUUAGUAUCCGAUAUUAAGUUAAAGAAUGUUUACAUGGUAGGUUGCUAUUAUGGAAAUAGCAAACCAAGCAGUGCAAAUGAUUUCAUGAAAGAAUUUAUUCAUGAAUUAAUUAGUAUAAAUAAUAAAUUGCCUAUACAAGUUUCACUUUAUGCAAUUGUUUGUGAUGCUCCAGCAAAAUUGUUUUUAUUGUCCACCAAAGGUCACAUCGGGUAUGACAGUUGUUCAAAAUGUUACAUUCAAGGCACGCAUAAAAAUAGUAAAGUUUGUUUUGUUGAAAAUGUUCCAAGUCGUCUUCGAACUGAUACAGAUUUUCUUGAGCAAACAGAUGUAGAUUAUCAUAAGGGGGAAACAAUAUUGACAAUAGUUCCUAAUUUAGGUUUAGUGACAAAUGUACCGUUAGAUUAUAUGCAUCUUAUUUGCUUGGGAGUCGUUAAAAAAUUAUUGAUUUUAUGGAUAAAAAGACCUUUUUCGGUACGUUUAAAUUCUACUCAAAUACAAAAAAUUUCAAAAUUAUUAAUAAAAAUUAGAGAACGAACUCCUAUAGAAUUUGUAAGAAAACCAAGAAGUCUUAACGAUGCUAUGUAUUGGAAAGCUACAGAGUUCCGCCAAUUUUUAUUGUAUACAGGACCCGUAGUGCUAAAUGGAUUUAUACGGCAAGACAUCUAUAUCAAUUUUUUAACUUUACAUGUAGCUAUAUCAAUUCUUAUUAAUCCAAAAUUAAUUAAAAACCAAAAUAAUAUUUUAUACGCUGAAAAACUUUUGACACAUUUUGUUAAGUCAUUUCAAAUUAUAUACGGAGAUCAAUUCGUAACCCACAACAUACAUAAUUUAUUGCAUCUUAGUAGAGAUGUUCAGAAAUUCGGAGCAUUAGAUGAAUUUAGCGCUUUUCGGUUUGAAAAUUAUUUGCAAAUGUUAAAAAAUAUUUUAAGAAAAUCAGAUAGGCCUUUGCAACAAGUUGCGCGACGUUUUGGGGAAAUGCAUGCAUGCGAAUAUCAAUUCCAUUCAAAAUUAGAUAAUCAAUCAAAUACUAUUUUGAAAAACAAACAUUGUGCAGGCCCUCUGCCGAAUAACUUAAUUAUGCAAAAUAAUCUUAAUCAGUACAAAAUUCUUAAAACCCAUUUAUAUUAUAUAAAUUGUAAAGAGGACAAAAAUAAUUGUUGUGUAUUAAAAGAUGGAUCUAAUAUUUGUGUUGUAAAUAUUAUUCAAUCACAAAAUCUAGAGAUAUUUAUUAUCGGAGUAAAAUGUAACAAACUCAAUACGUUAUAUUCUUUACCAUGCUCUUCUGGAAAACUUAAUAUUCAUAUUAUUAGCAAAACAACUGAAAUGUCUUUGUGGCCUAUCACUGAAAUUGAAGGAAAAGUUUAUAAUUUACUAAACAGUAAAAAUGAAAGCAUUGCAAUUCCCCUAUGUCAUGCCGGUGUAUAAGCUUUAAGCUUUUAAUUUUAAAUGAUCUUUUAGUUCUUUUAAUCUACUGUUUGCUCAAGAAUUACAAAAUUUUUAUUUUUAAAUUACUUAAAUUUAUAUUUAUA